AGAAUUGUGUUCUUAAUACCAAUAUCCUCUCGAUACCUCUCCUGUCGGCGCAUGCGAUCCUCUUUUGGCGUUAAUAUCACCCCGGGUAGGAAGGGUAUAGCAUAAGGGCCAGGAGGGUGUAUGUAGCGCGAUCGAAGCGAACCGAGCCUCGCGAAGGCAAGAGAAAGGCGAGGUAAACGGACGCGACCAUGCCCGAGAAACCACUUACCGUUGCUACAUACGCGGCUGGCGCCAGUCUUGCUGCGAUCACUCUCUUCUACGUCUUCGCCCCCAACUAUUUUAUCGAUGGCGACUCCAACGCGAAGGGCAAGAAGGGCGUCGUAGUCGGCCUCUCGAACCCUGCAAACGAUUGCUUCAUCAACUCCGUCCUUCAAGCCCUCGCCGGCUUGACCGACCUCCGAAUUUACCUAAUCCGAGAAAACCACCGAAGAAAUAUAGACGAGCCAUGGGUCUACCAAGAAAUAGUCAAACAUCCUGCAUACAGAAACACUCCCGAAUGGAAAAUACACGGUCUACAAGCGGGCCUCGUCACUCAGGGUCUUAAGAAUAUCCUUGACAGCCUCAAUGAGCGACCUAUUUAUAAGAAGACCAUCUCCGCUACCCCUUUUAUCAAGGUUCUCGAGAACGCCUUUAGGCAACGUAUCAGUAGGCAGCAGCAAGAUGCGCAGGAGUUUUUACAGGUGGUAGCUGAACGACUAUGCGACGAAUAUCAUGCAGGGAGAAGAGCUCGACAAGCAGCCAAGAAAAAGAGUGCUGCCGAGGCAUCGGCUAACAAGGCAGAACCUAUAGAUGGCGAUGCUGUUGAAGAGCGUUUAGCGAGGCUGGCCACCGGUGAGGAUACGAGUACUAACACCGCCGAAUCAAACGAAAGAACACCGGAGGCUGAGAUAGAAGACGAGGAAGGGUUUCCAAUGGAGGGCAAAUACGAAAGCCAAAUCGAGUGUCAGACGUGCGGCUAUAAGACGAAACCGACAGAGAGUACGUUCUGCACCUUAACUCUGAACGUGCCGCAGUCGAAUUCGUCUUCACUUAACUCUUGUCUGGAUGGCUUCUUCAAGACCGAAUACGUGGACGAUUUCAAGUGUGAAAAAUGUCGCCUUGUUUAUGCCAGAGAUAUCUUGGAAUUACGGAAGACGCAUUCUCAUUCCGAAAGCUUCAAAGCCAGCGCGCAAGAAGCAAUCGCGAAGCUUCAGCAUGCCAUCGAUAAUAACCCUGAGGACCCACCACCAGACGUUGAAUUACCGCCAAUGCGUGACGCUCCGACCUGCAGGAUUGCGAAACAUACGCGGCUGACAGGUUUCCCUAAGAUCAUGGCUAUCCAUCUUUCUAGAUCAAUUUAUAACAGCAUCUCUCAGAAGAAUUCGGCCAAGGUCUCGUUCCCAGAGCAGCUCCUAAUGGGUACCUUGCUAAACCGCAAAAAAUAUAAAUUACUCGGUACAGUUACGCAUAAGGGUAGUCACCAUAGUGGACACUACGAAUCCUUCCGCCGACAAAACGUAUCACUUCCCUUCUCGACCCCUAACGCCUUCCAGGCUUCUAUGGCCUUUACCAAAUCGGCUACGCCAAGUCCAGCCUCGACUCCGAGAGUUGCGGCGAUGCAAAAGUCAGGAGAGCCUAGCCCGGUGGCCUCUACUCCUGAUCUAGUCGCUUCUUCGCCGGGAGCUAGCUCGCCUAACCAGUCCAUCGACGGCUUUCCACGACCGUCGACGGAUUCCAUACCAACUCCUCAAGGCUCGUCGACUUCUAAUAGUCGAUCGACGUUUCGUCGCAGCCCCACCUCAUCCACAAAGGAUCGUGAGUCGGAUACUAUCAGCCUUAAGUCGGUUGCAGCAUCUGCUCGGUCGACCAUGUCUAGGAUAUCCCACUCGGCAAGGAAUAGCAGACCAGGGAGUCCUAACAAAACGCCAGUUGCGCCGUCUACGGCGAAUGGGAAAGCAAUCCCACCAAAAACAAAGGCAAACAAGCCAAAGCGCCAAAAGCCGAAUGAAAGAUGGUGGAGGAUUAGCGACGAGAAGAUCAAGGAGGCCAAGACAAGUGAAGUUCUAGGGAUGCAGCGGGAGGUCUACCUGCUCUUUUACGAACUCGACCGCGAGAGCCCGGCGGAAUCGUAGUGGGAUGUCCAUCGGCUCUUGGAGGACAUCACGCAGGCAGCCGCUUACGAUCCGAAAGACGACGAGCGGGAGAAUCCCU